GCCAAGCAGCUCCGAGGCCAAAGGCAGACAAUGGCGCAGCCUGGAGCGCCAGAGUGGCAUCCCAAAUAUUUACUGGCAUCAAAAAGAAUUCUGCUGGCGCGUCAGCAUUAAGAAGUGCAAGAAGAGGCAGGAAUUUCGGUUUCCCAGCCGCCCAUUCCUGAAGCAAGGCCUGGGCGAGGAUGAGGCCGUGGCUGCUGCGCUGCGCGAAGCCAAAGCCCACCGGGAGAAGCUGGUGCGCAAAGGCCUCCUGAAGCCACCGGAGGCCUUGAAGCCAAAGCAGGCCAAGCACUCCACCGUGAGGGGAGUUUAUUUCAGCAACGGACGCCAGAAGUGGCGCACGAAGUUGGCAGAUCCCUACACUAAGAAGCUGACCGAUGGCGGUGGGUUCGUCACCCAGGAGGAGGCCGAGUCCAAGGCCCGGGAGCUCGCCAAGGAGCUGGGCAAUCAAGGAUAUCGAGCACAAGGUGGUCCCGGUGAAGCGUCUCUCGGAGCUGAAGCACUUCGAGCCGCUGGGCCCCCAGCCGGGAGUGAAGUGGAACCUCGUCGAGCAGUGCUGGCGCGCGACAUUCCAAAUGGCAGGCAAGCAACGGUACAAGCGGUGCAGGCCCAAGGACUUCUCGGAGAAGGAGGUGAAGAAGGCAUGGAAGCGGGCGGUUACCUGGCGCAAGCAGCAAGAGGAGGACCGAAAUCGGGCGAAGAAGCGCUGAGGAGGACUACAUGGUACUUGCGGUUGCAGUAG